UAGCACUAUGGAACUGUUCAUUCAGCCAACGGGCGGAUAUUUCCACAACCAUUUUUCAAAUGAGCGUGUUUGAAAUACUGUUUGCUGACAAACUCUGAACGGUGUGUGGCGAACCUUGUUAUGUUUGCAAAUACGAGCUGACCUGAUGACGAUGAACUUCACUAGAAGUUAGAACGCACAUGUGGAACAGCAUGCGACCGUAUUCUCCAUAUUGGAUUGUCUUGUUGGCAGCAUGGCACAGUGCUUUUAUUAUUGCAGUCUGCACAGCCGAUAAGCAAGAUCUAGAUCACUACGAAGUCUUGGGUGUUCCUCGUAACGCAAAAUCCGCAGACAUCAAGCGGGCCUUCAGGCGACUGGCAGCCGAGCACCACCCGGAUAAAAACAAGGAUCCGGGAGCCGAGGCCCGGUUUACAGAGAUCGUCGAAGCGUACGAAGUACUUACCGACGAGCAACUGCGGGCGGUGUACGACAAAGAUGGUCACAGCGGAGUGGAGAAGUUCAAACGCGAAGGCCAGGCUUCAUCUGAGAGUCAAAGAUUCAGAAAAAGGCAGUUUGACAUUCAAAUCGAAGAAAUCAUCGCCGAGCUCUUGAUGCUGUUCAAAUUCGCCAAAAAGGCCAACGGACCAUGGGGGCCCAACUCGCGGCCUUUCAAACAAGCAAGGAAAGCACGGGGCAGAUUGGACGUUCAAGCCACCAGGCAAAAAACAGGGCAGUGACGAUUUUCCUGGAGGAGCAAGUCGCAUGCAUGAGAGGAAAUUUUACAUGCACAAUAAUCAUGGGCGGGAAAAGUCAAGGAAAGGAACAGACGUAC